AUGAGUAGUUCUGUCCACGACGAGACAACUUUUGACUUAUCAAAAGUUGAAGAAUACCCUAAAAAAACUGUCAGCCAUAAGAUAUCCUUGAAGGUUGACAUGUCGAAGAUACUUCCCAAAGGAACUAUCAACAAUUCUAUCGAAUACAUCCGAAAAAAGCAGCUUAAGCUUGACCUAAUUAAUGCUGCAGUGGCAUUUACAUCAAUCAUGAUUGUGUACUACGAAGUAAUUUUUAAACAGAGUGAAGAAUUUUACUCAGAAAGUUCAAAAUGCAAUAGUGGAGAGUGCUGAUUCACCAAAAACCGCAACGAAAGUAACCAGUAUGUAAAUAUAAUGAGAACUAUGAAUAUUGUCCUUACUACUGUUAUAUGUAAGUUUUAAUCAGUGUGCUUAAUUUACCAGCACUAUCUUUAUGAGCUCGAUAAAAAAAAAAUCCGUAAGCAAGUCCCUCCGAAAAGCUCACUAAAGAGUGCAAAUCUUCUCAGGCCAAUGCUGGUUGAAAUGGUGAUAAUGGGGAUAUUCUGUCCGCCUUAUUUCGACACUACUUUUUCAGGGACUAUGCUUAACGGAUCAUAUGUAUACUCAUACGAUAUGAUUAUUGCAGUUAUAACUAUACUGAGGGUGUACCUUAUUUUAAGAGUUUAUACUCAUUUUUCUAUAUGGCUUAGCAAUGAGUCAUUUAAAGAAGGCAAAAAACUUGGAGUUAACACUGAUAUUUUUUUCUCCUUAAAAGCUGAUUUGAAGUAUCAGCCACAUCUUAUUCUUUCUGCAGCUAUUGGGACAUUAGUUAUCUGUAUUGGAUAUGCGGUCAGAGAUUUAGAAAGGCCAUUUAUUUCAGAAGCGAAAUCAAAGUUAAAUUUUGACUAUUUGACUAAUGGUUGGUGGAUGACUGUGGUCACCAUGACUACUGUAGGCUAUGGAGAUGGGUACCCUUCUACUCAUUUUGGAAGGGCGUUAAUGCUUUUCACAGCCAUUGCUGGAUUGGUUAUGGUCUCUUUAUAUGUCGUUACGUUAACUGUAGCUACAAUGUUUAGCAAAGAAGAAACAAAAGCUUACUAUAUGAUUAAAAAAGUUAAAGCCAAUAGUGAUGUAAGGCAUAAAGCGUCUAACGUAAUCAAAGCUACUUUCAAGCUAAAAGAAGCUUUGACGAGGAAAAAAGGGACAAAUUAUUUGAGGAGGGUUUUUGUAUAUGGAGCAUUACUAAGAAGACAUAUACAUUAUUUCAAAAGAGACACGAGUGUGGCGAAUACGAGAUAUCUACCCCCUCCAGAAAUGCUUGUGCAGUUAGAACAAAAGUUAAUAACUGAUAUUGAUGAUAUUCGGAAAGAAAUCAUUGAUAUUGAUUAUAUUGGAGAAAGGCUGCAAGAGCUGAUUGGAAAUCAGCAAAUUAUGACGGAGCAGCUUGACAAAAUUUUGAACACGCAAAAUUCCGUGGAAAAGUUAAUGACGCAGCUGAACAUUGAAAAAUUGAUAAGUGAGGAUAAGGAGGAAAUUGUGAAUCAACUCACUUAA